UAAUGAGAAAAAGAUAGGCCGGCCCAGGCCGGCCCUGGUCAACCCAGGCCCAAGCCCUAAGAGAAAGAUCAGUCAGUCUUUUAUCCACUCACCACAAGAUUUGUCCAAGCAAACAUUCCAAUGUUCAGAGAGACACCAGUUCAGCUUCCUCUAAUUCAGCUUUCCUAGCUGACUUUCCCGAGAGAGAGACCCCAGAGGGACAGAGUCUCCUCAGAGGGAGCUCCAGCAACAGUUCCUGCUCUCAGUUUCUCCUCUCCUUUUAAAGGGAAUUUUCUCCUAUGUCACCUCUCCUAAAUUCUCACAUCUAUCAAUCACAGUAGACGUUUUCCAAAGGACAGACCAUUCUUAAUUCACACCUAAGAAGGCUUGAACUUUUGAUUAAGUUCACACCUGAAAAACCUCUGAGUAGGUUUCUCACCUCUUUGCUCCUUGUAAAUUCACAAGUUGCCUGACCUUUAUAGGUACUUAGCACCCUUUUGUAUUAGAUCUAAAAAUAGGCACAGCUUAAGAACUUUUGCCUUACUAUAAGUAUGGGUUUAAGUGUUUUUCAUUGUUCAGCAAGGAGUUUCUUUCCCUAAAGCAGGCUUAAGUAAGGGUGGAGUAGAGGUCUCACAUUCCUGAUCUAAGUAGAGAUUUCACAUUCCUGAUCUAAGUUCCUUUAUUGUUUAAAAUGGGGAAUGGUCUUAACCAAACCUUAUGAAGUAGGGCCUGAGAAUUUUUUAAGGUUUACAAAUUCUAACCUUUCACUCAUUGUUUUUUCUGUUCUCUUUUGAAUGUUUAAAGUUUGGCAUAUCUCUUUUAGGAAGCAUAAAUUAAAAGAACGCAUAGUAGCAUGCUGAGCAGUAAUAAAUAUAAUGGGAGGAUUACUUAAAGCUUUGUCUACAUGAUACAUCUCUUUCUCUGUCAUUGUCUCUCCAAUUAUUUUUCUGUCUUGCUAUGUCUGUGUCUAUGUUUCUCCCUCUCCCACCAUCCCUUCCUUUGCAAAUAAUGAAGGGGGCAGUUUUCCUAAUAUGACUGGUUGAUUUACAGUUCUGUCUGUGUAGUCUUAUUUUGUUUUAUAUUUCAUAGUCCUAGGAAUUAUAGAUGAGUUUGUUAAAUCUUGCUCUUUCUUCUGAGGCUGGUUCAUAGCUAUUGUCAUGUUUUUUUUUUUCCUAAAGGCUGUUAGUUUGAGUAGUAUGAUUUUAAAUAAAAAGUGAAACAAUCCCUAACACUUCAGUUUCUUCAUUUGUAAAAUUUGGGGGUUUGAUCUCUAUUUUAUGGUUUAGACAUUAUGAAUUUUAUUUAUUUGUUUCUAAUUUUUGUUCUAUUAUUGUAACUCAAACCUUCUAGGAAGAAAAGUCUUUAAAAAUAACAGCAAAAAGAACAGAUAAUAGCAGCCAAUAUUUAUUUCUUACUGAAAGUUAUAAGAACACAAUUAUCUACUUGAUAGUUCAAAAUCUUUGAGUGAAUUUGUUAACUGCUCAUAUCUUAGAUUAUGACAUCCUUAAAUGGUGAUUUAGUGUUUAGAUCCCAAAUUUAUACCAAAUUUAGGAGAUUUUUGAAAAACAAAUAUCAAUAAGAUCUGUUUGGCUAAGUCAGAAGUUCCCAAACUUUCUUGUUCACAUUACUUUUAGUACCUCAGGAAUUUUGGCCUAUAGACCAAAAGAAAUACUUAACAGUCCCAUUUAUUAAAUAGGUGCAAACAACUUAAUAAGUGUUUAUAAUGUAACAUCUUAGUAGCUGUUUGAAAAAACAACAUAAAUUGAAAGAAAAUUAGUAUUUUUUUAAAUUUUUUAAAUAAUCAAAAUCUCUAACAGAAUGUAUACAACUGUUGGGCAUUAUAUAGCUUUCUGAACUUUGGAAUGAGAUUGGACAACACCACUUUCAUUUUCUCUUUUUUUUUUUUGAAAAAAUUUUAAAUUACAUAUAAAAUAAAUUUUUAACAUUUUAAAAAAUUUUGAGUUCCAAAAUCUCUCCCUUCUUUCCCCUCCCCCAUUUAUUGAGAAAUUAAGCAUUUUGAUGCAGGUAAUACUUCACAGUCAUGCAAAACAUAUCACCAUAUUAGUCAUGUUGUGAAAGAAAGCACAGACAACAACAACAAAAAAAUACACAAGAAAAAUAAAGAAACAAUGCUUCAAUCUGCAGCCUGAAUCCAUCAGUUUUUUCUCUGGAGGUGGAUAGCAUUUUUCAUCAUGAGUUCUUUGCUUUUAUUGUCUUCUUUGAUUGCUGUAUUUCUGAAAAUAGCUAACUUAUUCAGACUUGAUCAUUAUAUAAUAUUGCUGUGAAGAUUGGAUGUGGCUAUCUCCUGAUUGUAACAAUGAAGGUACUUAACCCUUCCUUGACAGUGAAGAUAAAAUUGUAAUCCCCUGUCUAUUUUUAGAUUUUAAUCCCCAAAAUGUUAACUCAGUAUUUAAAGUAGAUCUACCCAUUUUAACUACAAAAAGUGUGAACUAACUACAAAAAGUUAUAACUAACUACAAAAGGUGUGAACACUCAUUUCAUUCAUUGAGUGGGCAGUCCUGGAGAGGAGAGUCUUCUCUGAUUGGUAGACGUAAAAAUUUAGGGGACGUGACACAAGAGAAAAAGGUCUUUAAAUACAGGAAACAGAAACAUACAAGGAUAGAUAGAAUUCAGUCACUCGUAGUUGGACUGGGAUUGAUCAGUCAUUUGGGCUUGGAGUGAAAAAGAGUCACUCAGAGGAGAGACUGGAAAAAAAUCACUCAGAGUUGGACUGGAAGACAGACACUUGAGGAGAGACUGGAAGACACACAUUCAGACUUGGAGUGAAGACACUUGGCUGUGAACUGGACCCCUGGAGAAGCUUGUGCAGGAGACCUCAGACUGCCUUUCCUUUUAGACGGUCACCAUGGUGAAUGUAAAGGCUGACUUAGUUUCCUUGCCUUUCUGGUUGUGUGUAAUAGUGAAAAUUUAGGGGAGAUGGGGAGACUGAGGCAGGUAGAAAUUAGUUUCUCUCUGCAAGGAGUAUUACAUUUUAUAGAGGUUUAUUGAAGAUUAAGGAUUAAAGAAAAUACAGGAUAAGAAACACGUGUCUAGGCCACAGAGAGGCCUAGACACAACCUCACCUACAUUAUGAAAAAAAGCCACGUCUGCCCCAAAACGGAAGUCCAAGAGCCAAGCGCCCUCAAAAGCCUUUGAAUCAGCUUAAAUACCUUCUCGAUCUCGGCCUUUCUCUACAGAAAUCUGAUAGAAAGGUAUUCACAGUUCUUCUAACUUGCUUAUUAUAUCUCCUUUUAUGUAUCCAUUUAGAUAUUAUUUUAGUGAAUGGUAUAAGAUAUUGAUCUGUACUUAGUUCUGCCAAACUACUUACCAGUUAUCCCAGCACUUUUUUCCAAAUACUAAUUACUUAUCCCAAUUGCCUAGACCUAUACUUCUGUCAAAAACAAGAUACUAUAAUAUUUUGCUAUUGUUCUUUGUAUAUCUGUACUGUCCCACUGAUUUACCUUUUUAUUUCUUAGCCAGUAAAAGAGAGUUUUGAUAAUGACUGCUUUAUAAUGCAGUUUGAAGUUUGAUACUGCUAGACCUCCUUUCUUCACAUUUUUUCAUUAAUACUUUUGCUAUUCUUAAUCUUUUGCUCUUCUAGAUUAAUUAUGCUAUUCUUUUUUCUAACUUAAUAAGAUGAUUUUUGGGAUAAUUUGAUUAGGCUGAUAUUGAAUAAGUAGAUUAGUUUAGGUAGAUUUGUCAUCUUAAUUAUAUUGACUGCCCAUCCAUGAAAAAUUUAUAUUUUUCCAGUUAUUUAGGGGUGACUUUAUUUGUGUAAAAAGUACUUUAUAAUUAUGUUUGUAUAGUUGCUGAGUUUGUGUUGGCAAGUAUAAUCCAAUGUAGAACUGUGACAGCAGUCCCUGCUUUCCUGGGACUGAAUGCUUUAGUGCUCUUUCUUGUCUUUAGACUACAUAUUAGCAAUGCAAUAGAUUCCUGUACAUUGUGCUAGCAAAGGGACAUAACUGUAAUUUUCUGACCAGGUGGGUCAGACCCUUUUAGGUCUGUGGGCUGAGAGGUUCAGCAGCCAUUACCAAUAAUUCAGUCACUCUUGAGGCCUCUUGCUGGUUUGUUUGGGCUUAGUUUGGACUGAUGAGGCCCAUGCUAGAGUGUGCUGAAUCUCAACGAAUUUUGCCAAGAUGAGAUCAUUUCUUUCCUGAAGAAUGCUGGGGAAAGGGUUGUAUUCAAAGUUCCCAUCCAACUCAGUAUAAGAGUCUGGUGUUGUGUUGUGUUGUGAACUACAACUUUAAAUAAAGAAAACACUUUUGGCUUUGUAAUACAAGGUGGAGCACACAAGGACAGAAAUAAAUCUCAUCCUGUUGUAAUAACAUGUAUUUAACCUGGAGGGCUUUCUAACAGAAAGAACAUAAUCAAAGUUGGUGACAGGCUACUGUGUGUGGAUAGAAUCAGAUUUUCUGGCAGCAUCCAUGCUGAAAACACGAGUUUUUUCAAACAAUGUGAGCAGAAAUGUAUACUCUUAUUAGAAUAUUUCAUCACAAUAAUGGAUUAAGUGGCAACAGCUUUUGGACCACAGAUUGUUAAAGUUGCCAAAACCCCUGGUUCUAGCCUUGCUGUUGCACUGAUUACUUCAGUGUAUUGUAAAAAGCAUGUCAUCAUCAUCUGCAAAAUAAAAUCUUCAUGUAUUGCAGACAGAUGAGCUACAUUGCAUGUUGGAGAUCAUAUUCUUUCCAUUAUGGAACUAGUAUUGAACAUUAUAGGGUAGCAGAAGCCAUACAGUUCCUUGCCAGUACCAUAGAUUAGGUCAAACGUGGAAUUCUUCCCCAUCUCCCCAGACUUGCGUAGCAGUGAAGGGACCUGAACAUGCAACAAUGGUGUCUUCAUCCAUCUCUUCUACCACCAUGAGUGCAUAAUCCAGAAUUCCAUGAAUAUGGGAUGGUUACCUUGAGGUAGCUGCACUACCAGCCCUUGUGGGAGAAUGAGGAGGAAGAGAAUGAAAAAAGAAAAACUUCAAAAAUUCAUCAUUCUUUGAUUUCAGCACUGUUGGCUUGGCUGGGCACGUUGUCCACACUGAAACUGUAGAGGUAGUGCUGUCUGCUGCUCUGCCAUGGGCGUUGGGAUCCAAGGGGAUGUAUUUACCCCUGAGAUUUUGUCUUCUCCAUCACUUAUUUCCUUUUUCAAAGCUGACAACCCAGCAGAAAGGUGUCGAUUACUGUAAAUUGAAAAUGGCAAUCAAUGGAAUUACAGCCAAAGACAGCACAAUGAAACAAAGAGUUUUCUCAAAGGAUAAAGGGUGGAAGCUACACUUAUGGCAGAAUAUUGUGACUCAAUAAUGGAUUCAGUGACAAUAGACUCUGGGCCAUUCAAUUCCUCUGAGAUACCUUUAUCUGUGGGAGGGUCACUUUGGAAAGUUUGUCAUUGCCAAGACUAAUUCUAAGUAGAGGAACAUUUUGUGUGAAACUGUCUAGAAGCACACCACGAAUAGAAAACCAGGAGAUUCCCUUGUUAUUUCAGAUAUCAGUAGGGGCAGUGUGGCUCACACAGCUGUUACUCUGGAAUCUGGAGACCAAUUGUUCAUCAUUGAUAACAUACACCCAACUUGACGGCUUUUCCAAUGAAGAUGUAGUUCAGGUGAUCCAAUAGUGUGAGGACAUUAUGAAGUUCAACAUCCUUCAAGAUGAAGAUAACUUCAAAUGAACAAGAGAGUCCUAGAGCUGUUACUUUGCUGUGGAAGCCUCCUGGGCAUCAUGAUUAUGGGAAAUCAGGAGCCUUUUUAUCCCAUAAUCAUCUCCAUUGUCACUAAAAAGAUAAGUGGAAAGCACUGGUACAAUGCACACUGCUGCUGAUCAAAUCCUAGCAUUCAACAGCAGUAGCUGAGAGGGAAUAUCUUUUGAGUGAAGCCAACCAUUUCUUACAGAUGGCAGGAGAGACUGUCACAUUGAAAAUUAAGAAGCAGAUAGAUGACUAUUCAGCAUCAAGCCUCAAGAAAUUCCCCAUUCCCAGUCAUUUAAGUGAACUGAGUGAUAUAGAGGAUGAAACAUUUGUUCCACAGAAAUCAGGAUCCAGCCUGAUUCUUGUGCUCCUAGCUGAGUAGAAAGCCAUAAUUUAAAAACAAAGUGCCAAAUAGGGGAACAUCUUUGGUCCCUGCACUUUCUAGAGAUUAUCAGAUACUUUUACAUUGCUGUGACAGUAAAAUUGUAUUCAAAUUUGUAAAAUGAAGCAAUUGAAAAGAAAAAGGAAAAGCAAUUUUAGUGUUCAAGAAACUCAGACCCUUUUGGAAGAAAUCAGAAAGAGGAAAGAAGUCAUAUUUUCUAAGCAACUCAAUACAACAAUUAAUGAGAUGAAACGGAAAGCUUGGGAGGAGAUUGCUGAGUGUGUGAAUGCUGUGGGGGAAGGAGAACAAAGAACAGGGGCUGAAGUGAAAAGGCGAUACCUUGACUGGCGAGCACUUAUGAAGAGGAAAUGGUUGAAGGCAAACAUAAAGCUAGUGGGUCCUGGCUUACCCCUUUCAGCAUCAGAUUUCAAUGACUCUAUCACUGAAGAACUCGAUGAUAAGAUUGCAUUUCCAAAUGGGUCAAAUUUGGACUGGCAAAAUACAGUUGAUAUCAAGGAAGCAGGUGGCUCCUUAACAGAAGUCAAAGAGGAAGAGGAGGAGGAAGAGGAAGAAAAGAUUCCACAGAAUUUUGAAUUUGAAAUAGAGGAGGAGGAAGAAAUGUUGUCCCCUAUGAUGCCAGAUUCCAAGAGGGAAAAUGAGCUUUCUGUUUUCCCUCAUAUCAAAGAAUUUGGUACUCUUACAUCAAUACAGUCUCAAACUGCCUAUGAUGAAUCCUACUUACUUAUAAGCUUGGAGAAACAAAAACUUGAGAUAGAAAAGCAACGGCUAGACAUUGAGGUAGAAAGACUGCAGAUAGAAAAAGAAAGGCUGCAAAUUGAAAAGGAACGGUUAUGGCAUUUAGAUAUGGAGCAUGAAAGACUCCAAGUAGAGAAAGAAAGGCUGCAGGUUGAAAGAGAGAAAUUGAGGUUACAGGUUGUCCAUUUGGAGAAACCUGCUCUGGAAAAUGAUCUUGGCCAAGCAGAAAAAAAAAUUCUGCAGCCUCUCGAUUUAGAGACUGAGAAGCUGAAACUUGAGAAAGAACGCUUGCAACUGGAAAAAGACAGGUUGCAGUUUUUGAAGUUUGAAUCUGAGAAACUUCAGAUUGAAAAGGAGCGUUUACAAAUAGAAAAAGAACGGCUUCGUAUUCAGAGGGAGGGACAUUUGAAAUGAGUUUUCUAAGUUUCCAUAAGUAAUAGAUAUCUUCAUGUAAAGGUUUAUAAAUCAUAGGUAGGAUUUCUCUAAGUCGUGUAGCAACAAGAGAGUUGCUUUUUUUAGCCGUUUUUCUGUCAAGUUGUUAGUGUAUUGAAAAUGAAAAAAAAAUUGUGGUAGGCAAUAAUUCAUUGUGACUAAGUAGUACAUAUAUGAUAAAACUUUUUCACUAUAGAAAAUAUGAAUGUCUAUUCUCUUCCAUUCAGUAAUGUUACUUAGAAUAUUAAACAAUAUUUGUGUAAAGGAAUUCAUAAACAUCUUCAUGUCUAGGCUUAUUGUGUAAUUUCAGUAUUAUAUUAACUUUGCUCUAAAACUACAAAUGAAAUAAAUCCACACAGGUUUAUAUAAGAGAUACUUAAAUGACCAAAUCAUUAAAUAUUAUAUGUGUAGAAACGUGCAGUUAUCUUUUAGUGUAUUGAAUGAUGAUAUUUCUUUUCCUCCUCACACGCUUCACUUCAUGAACAGCCAUUGAUUUAGAAGUUCAGGAAUCAUUAAGGGUUUUCCUAAAAUGAAUCAAAUUCAAAAACUCUCCAACUUAUCCUGAAGACUUUGGAUAUUUUUGUUCAUGUCAGAGCUGUGUAGACACAUCUGCAGAAUUAAUCUCUUUCAUCUUGAGUCCUUACAAAAAUCUACCUUCUCUAUGUUAACUAAGAACUUCAACAAGUGAAUGGAUGAGCAUGGUAGAAAUUUUGCAGUUGUACAUGAUCCUGUAAUACUUAGGCUUAUAAAAGAAUUGUGGGGCAUGAUGCUUGUUAAGAAAGUGGAUUCUUUAUGCCCUACUGCAAAAUUUCAUCAGAUCCACUAGAAUUUAAGCACAGAAACUAAGGAUUUAUUUAAAUUGGUGAAAAUUCUCUCCCUAAUACUGGAGGUGCUUCCUCCAUGCUCAGGUCAUGACCCCCUGGUCCAGCUAGAGUUGGUGAGUUGGGGUGUAGAACUAUUACUUCCUGGAACUGUUCUGGGAAUUGAAGUCUUCCAUUGAUCAAUUUAGCACCUUUCAUGAGCACUACAUUCACUUUAAAAAAAAAAGGGAGGGGGAGAGAAAAUGGAAACAUCUUUCAAUGAGAUCUUUUGUAUUUUCUGUUUUAUAGAACUGAAGCCUAGCAUUUUAAUUCAUCUCAGAUGUUGACAGAACUUGACUGGGUGUGUAUUGGCUCCUUGUGAAAUCCAGAAUGGCUUGCUGAUGUGUAAAACUACAACAUAUGCCAUAAAUUACAUAAACAUAGGUUAUAUGUGUAUAGGUAUAUUUGUAUUUCCUGACUCUCCAAAUAGUGUUAUUUUUCUAUUGUCGAGACAACCACUACUGCCAUAGAAAUAAAUUUGCUUAUACUGAUGGCC